UGCUGCAUUGUUUUGACGUUGGAAAGCGCGCGCUUCUCGCCCUUCUCAUAGCGCACAGCAGCAUAAAAUUUGCCCAAGAUCUUCGUCUUCAGUGGUGUUAAUUUCGCACCGAAGAAGAUUUCGUGUUCAAAAGUUUUGUAUUUUUAUAGUGUUUAUAGUGCUAGAACUCCAACUCAAAAUGGAUUUAUCAACGUGGACUCCGGAGUACUUCGCCGGCAACGAGAAACAGUGCGUGGAGCAGCUGGACAAACCGGAAGUGCGCGCGCAGAUUCCUUUGCUGAACUGCACCCAGCUUCACGACAUCCGGGACAAUGCGCUGGUUCGCUUCCGGGGCAUGAUUCAGGACAUGCAGGACCCGGAAUGUUACCUGGAGGAGUACGAGGUGCGCAACAAACAGGACGGUUCGCUGAUACGGGUCCAGAGCGGAAAGUAUCGCGACGUUCUGGUCAUGGACAAGGAUGAGGACACUGUGGAUUUCCAGGCCGUUACCAAUCGGUACGGAGAGCGGAGGUCCAUGUUUGUGAUUUCGAUUCCGGGGUACAAUGGGUGGGCCGUGGAAUGCGAAGAGAAGAUGAAUCCACUGAAUCUGGCGAAAGGGGACGAGAAAUCCUCCGUUGGGUCGUCUCUCAAAAGGUCUCACGGCGAGGAUGAAGAAAUGGAAACGGAUGAUUUCUGCCCAGAGAGGGAAAAUGUGUUCAAGAAACCAAUGCUUCCGGUUGAACCCAGCGCAAAAGACCUGCAAGCAUGUUCCUCGAAAAUGGCCGCUGCAGCCGGAAGUAAACCGAAGGUACUAUCUGCGGAAUAUCUCCUCAAUUCUCCUAUUCCGGAGCGCCCCAGCAAAGCGUGUCUGGUCAAGCUGUAUUCCAACUAUGACGAGUGCACUUUGAACAGCUUAGUGGAUGUCGUAGGUUUUCUAUCCGUAGAUCCAGCUUUGGAUGGCAGUACCGAUCAAGUGGAAGACUUCGAGGACGAAAUGUCCGAACACCAAGCCACGAAUCCGCCGCCAUCUUUAAUCCCUCGAAUCCACGCCAUAAGUUUCCAGAAGCUAAGACAUGUAAACCCUCUGCUGGAAAUCCCCCAUGAAUCUCCGGGUGGCCUUUGCGGCGUAACCGACGUUUGGAGAGACAUCCAGAACUUACUAACCCAAUGUCUGUUCGAGGACAAGGUUGCGGCCGAUUAUCUCCUGUGCCAUCUGAUAUCGACGGUUUACAUAAGGAACGAGCUGGAAUCGCUGGGCCACUUCAGUCUCAACUUGAGUAACAUUCCGGCGGAAGUGCUUCCCGAUUACACUAGGGGGCUGUACGAAAUCAUGGAGCUUCUGCUGCCGGCCAGUCACUACUUCCCGAUGACGCUGGAGAAUAUGAACACCAUGCAGUUUGUGCCCAAGAAGGAUUACACCACGAAUAAGCUGACCAGUGGUUUACUUCAGCUGGCACCGCACACGCACCUUCUGCUCGACGAAACCAAACUGCAAACCGGGAAGCUGGAAAGUAGCGGAGUUGAAGCGGUCCAAAGCAUUGCCCAUCUUAUCAAAACCCAAAAACUGAAGUAUAAUUUCCAGUUCUAUCAGCUGGAAUUCAAUUCGGACGUGCCAGUAUUAGUCCUUAGUGAAGGGAAAAGUAUGCUUCCGACCAACUUCUACUUCCCGCUGGUGCCGGACGUUGACGCAGUCAAGAUGAUCGGAGAAACGCUGAAAGCGGGAAAGCACUUCAUCCAACCCAAGCUGACCGAAAUGCGUAAAUUUCUCACCCGCCAACGAAUUCAGGAGUUCGACAUGAAAAACUUCGAUCCGGAGGUCAUCCAAAAUGACUUCAUCCAGAUGAGAAAGGAAAGCGACGCAACGGCCGAGGAUCUGCACUCGCUGCUGGUGUUGGCUCGACUGUUGGGACUUUCCCGGGGCAAGAGUUCGAUGGAUCGAGAGUGCUGGGAGUACGCCAAGCAGCUCGAGCUGGAACGGAAGAACCGCGUGGAAAUGUUUGCCAAGCGGAGAAACGAGCAGUAGGAUUAACAGUGUGUAACUGAGUCUCAGCGUGUGUCUGACUGCUGCCUAAAGCGCUAAAACUGUACCUUUGAUUUUUUCCCUAUUUAAUGAAUGUUGGUUUUAUAAAAAAUGAAAUAUUCUUUCUGAAUGUUAGUACAUACAUUCCUGGGUCAUAUAAAAAACAUUGAAAAGUAUGUAAUCCA